AUGAAUAACGCAUUAUAUUGGCUUAUCGUUAUAACUAUAGUCACAUUAUUUCUAAUUGCAUUACUUUAUACAAAAAAUCCUAGUUCUUCGGUUAAUCUUUUUCAAAGAGAAAAUACACUCUCUCAAAUUGAUCUCUAUCGAACAGUGGUACAUGUACCAGAUCAUAACAAUAUAGCAUGUCAAUACAAAAAUAACAAACAAUUUUAUACAUGUUCCGGAUAUUGUCCCUUGUCGGAAACAAAACGUAAGAAAUGUACAUGGUUACCGAGAACAAUUGAUCAAGAUAUGCUCAAUUCUAAAAUGCAUUGUCAACCCCAAGAUGAUUCAUGUCCAACGUACAAUGCAUUUGACAAAGAUAAACUACCUUUAACACCCGAAGGCAUAAGACAUAUUCCAAAAGAUUUACUCAAUAAUUUUACGUUAUCAGGUCAAAUAUCGCUCUCUUAUUACUAUAAUUAUCGUGGAACAGAACUUAAUGCAUCAAAAUUGUCAGCACAAUGGACAGCGGAAAUGAUUGAUAAUCUGAGAAAAAUGGCGAGAGAACGAAAACCAAUUGGAUCAUAUUCAACGGAAACAUUGUAUCCUGUGAUUGAUAUUUAUCUAGAUGUAGCGAUUAAAAAUAAAACAACUGCUGUUAUUGGUACAGAAAUGCCGUGGAUUGAAGCGAUACUUUUAGAAUAUGGUGCUAAAUCUGUUCAGACAAUCGAAUAUGCAACUAUUGUUUCUCAUGUUUCUAACUUAAAAACGAUAACUCCUCAGAAAUAUAUUGAUUCUCGCUCAUUACCUAAUUUUGAACUUUACGACAGUAUCUGGUGUUAUUCAAGUUUGGAACAUGAUGGUUUGGGUCGAUAUGGUGAUCCGUUGAAUCCCUACGGUGAUAUGCAAACAAUGGUGAAAUUAUCGUGUAUGCCAAAACCCGGUGGAGUUCUCGUUUUAGCAAUGCCAACAUCACAUGUUGAUUCAUUAGAAUUUAACUUGCAUCGAGUCUACGGACCCAUAAGAUAUCCAUUUAUCUAUAGACAUUUUCAUCUACUAAAAUUGUUCGGAAGAUUAUCGACAAACUUGGGUGCCUAUAACCAGCCAAUACUUGUUAUGCAAAACAAAAUUGGAUGUCUAUAG